AUGGAAAUCAUUAAUGAUGAUGAGCUUGAAUCUCAAAAUUUAAGCCAUCCAAAGAAAUACGACAGAAAGCCCACUGGGGAUGAUCCUGUUUCAGACUGGCUUCUUAAAAUGUACUAUAUGAUGAAUCAGAGCGGCAUGAUUGGAGUCAAAGUUGGACUCUGUUUAAUUCCUCUAGUUGUAAUCUUCCUAUUCACUUUAUUCGUGUCUAAUUCGACAUCGAAUAUAAUCGCGUUUUCCGCCCUUGUGAUAUCAUUUUCAUUCAUGGUAUUAAGUAUUUGGAUCCUUUGCGAAAUUUUGGACAAAGACCGUGGUUCAAGAGAAAUGUAAGAUAUUAGUGAUCCUAUCAAAGAAGGUUCGGAGGGUUUUUUCAUUACAUAAUAUGGCACAAUUUUUAAAUUAGCAGCAUUAUCUUCUGUACUACUAUUCUUUGUGUACUUAUCUCGAUCUCCUGCUAGCGGUUAAUCUUAGCUCCAUGUUUAUUUAGGACCUACAUCAAUGGCUUUAAUCACUAGUUUUAGUUUUCUAUUGGGUGCAAACUGCAGUGCCAUCUCAGGAUAUGCUGGAAUCUGGGUUAGCGUUAGAGCUAACGUAAGAGUUGCCGCAGCUGCCAGAAAAUGCUAUAAUGACGCUCUCUAAAUUUGCUUCAGAGGAGGAGCUUUCUCAGCCAUAAUAAAUGUCGCACUAGCAAUUUUUGGAAUAUCCUUUAUGUUCCUAUUGAUGACUCUUAUAUUCUAUAUCAACUCACCAGAUGGAAGAGAUCCACCCAUUCAAGAGAUUCCAGUCGUUUUAGUUGGUUUCGGGUUCGGAGCCUCUUUUGUUGCUAUGUUCGCAUAAUUAGGAGGUGGUAUUUUUACUAAAGCUGCUGAUGUUGGAGCAGAUCUUAUUGGUAAAGUAGAGUAAGGUAUUCCAGAAGAUGAUCCCAGAAACCCAGCUGUGGUUGCAGAUCUUGUUGGAGAUAACGUUGGAGACUGUGCAGGUCAAUGCGCAGACUUAUUUGAAUCCAUUUCAGCUGAAGUUUUAUCAGCUAUGAUCCUCGGAGGAGCUAUGGCAGAAAAUGCAAAUUUAGAUAUUGAGACCAAGUCAGGAUUUAUUCUCUUCCCUCUAAUAGUUCAUUGUCUUGAUUUAACGGUUAGUACAAUUGGAGUCUAUUUUGUAAAGACUAAACCAGGACUCCCAUAAAACAGACACGAUUAUGGUGAACUCGAAGAUCCAUUGAACGUUCUGAAGAGAGGUUAUUAUGUUUCCCUACUUCUUGCAGUUAUUGGACUCUUCUUUAUUUGCAAGAAUUUCCUAUUUAUCACUGCUUUGCCAAACGCCUAUUUUAACUUUUUCUUGUGCUCUUGUGUUGGAGUUAUCGUCUCUUUCCUAUUCAUUAAAAUCACCCAGUAUUAUACUGACUAUACCUACGAGCCAGUCAGAAGCAUCGCUAAAUCUAGCAAGAUGGGACAUGCUACAAACAUUAUCACAGGUCUAUCUGUUGGACUUGAGAGUACUGGUCUUCCAGUAAUUACUAUAUCUGUAGCAAUUAUUACAGCUUUUUAUCUUGGAGAAGCAACUGGAAUCAAGGAUAGCAAAGGAAAUAAUAUUGGAGGAUUAUAUGCUACAGCUAUUGCUACAAUGGGCAUGUUUUCAUCAGGAGUUUAUGUUCUCUCAAUGAGUGGUUUCGGACCAAUAGCAGAUAAUGCAGGUGGUAUAGUAGAAAUGAGUCAUUAAGAUAGAAAUGUAAGAGAAAUUACAGAUAGACUAGAUGCUGUGGGAAAUGUCACAAAGGCAAAUACCAAAGGAUAUUCUGUUGGUAGCGCAUCACUAGCAUGCUUCCUGAUGUUCUCUGCCUAUCUUGAUGAAGUUGAAAUGAUGACAGGAAUGGAAUUCAGACAUAUUGAUAUUGCAGUUCCAGAAAUAUUUGUUGGUGGUCUUCUUGGUUCUAUGACUGUUUUUGUUUUCAGUGCUUGGGCUAUUGCUGCUGUAGGAAUAGCAGCAGAGGAUGUUAUUGAGGAAGUAAGAAGGUAAUUCAGAGAGCACCCUGGUAUUCUAACAUAUCAAGAAAAGCCAAACUAUAAAUAAUGUGUUGCAAUUGUAAACUAAGCUGGACUGAAGUAAAUGAUCAAGCCUGGUCUUCUUUCAGUCCUUAGUCCAAUUACUGUUGGAGUUAUUUUCAGAAUUAUUGGAUCAUACACAAAUAGACCCUUAUUAGGAGCAUAAGUCUUGGCAGGAUUCUUAAUGUUCUCGACAAGUACUGGAAUAUUGAUGGCUCUCUUUUUCAAUAAUGGAGGUGGUGCCUGGGACAAUGCAAAAAAAUACGUUGAAACUGGUGUAUAUGGUGGUAAAGGUAGUGAUGCACAUAAAGCAGCAGUUACUGGUGAUACUGUAGGAGAUCCAUGCAAGGAUACAGCAGGACCAUCGAUACAUAUCCUAAUUAAACUAUUAUCGACUAUUACUUUAGUCUUAGUACCACUCUUUACUGGUUAGGGUAUUGCUACUGCAUGA